ACGUGACGCGGGAGCUCCGAAGAGAGAAGGCAUCUUGGCGGGGCGGGCAGGGUUAGGCUGGUUGGUUGGUUGGCUGGCGGGUGAGGGGGGCGCAGCUGGUGGGAAGAGCGACGGCGGGCGGCCGCAGGAAGAGGAGGAGGACCAGGCCAAGGGAGGCCGGAGCGCGGGCGGCACGGGCCGGUGGAAGUGGGGGGGGGCCUUUGGGCCAGAACUGAGCGGCAGGACGUCUUCCCCCCUCCCCCACCAUCACCACCACCAAAAAAAAAAGAGGAGAGAAAAUAAUCGGGGUGCAGCCGACAUUCUUUGCAGAGCAGCUGGAGCGGAAGAACUCUCUCUCUUGGCCUCCUUUCAGAAGACUUUGAACCCUCCUUUGGGAUGGACACCCUUCAAAUUCAGGAAGAGCAAGUAGAAAGAAACCUGUGCGGAAGGAAGCUGUCAGGAACGCUGCCUACCGGCCAUUGGACUCGAUGAAUCGGCAUCUGAAGAACGACGGGCCUGGAUUCUGGUUUGCCUGAAAACUGGAGCUCAUGAGUUCAGUGUCCUUUGAUUAUGUCAGCCCAUUGUGUGGGAAACCCGCUAAUGCACAGUACUGUAACCCAGGCUGACUUUUAUAGCCACAUAGGAAAUUGUAUAAAAGUUGCUCCAUUCAGAAAAUCAUUUCUGUCCGUUUGCCUUCGCUCGCUGCUUGAAACACAGCUCGACUGCAUAGUGACCACCAUUCCAAGGGCUGGAAGUUAACCCCCAAAAAGGUGUUGCUAUGGGAUGAUUCUUCGUUUAGGAUAAAAACAGAGACUCUUUAGGUUACUUUCAAAGUUGUAAUCUAAGAUCAGCAUUGACUUUGGUCUUCAGCGGUCAGCUCCGAGCGCGUGCUAACCGUGAACGCUCCCUUACCUACACCUGUGGCCUAAAGCGAUGGAAACCAUGCCUUGAGAGUAGCUGCAACGAACGCAUAGCCAUGACGGAACCCCACCGGGUGCAACUCACCUCCUUACCAGGCCCCCUGGGUACCCCCUUGCUGAAAAAACCUCGGUGGGAGGAUGUCGCCAAUCCAGAGCACCCUCCAGAAUCUGAGCCUGCCGCUGCAGCCGUACGCAUCGCCCUCUCCCUUUUUGAGCCAGAUCACAAGCGCUGCCCUGAAUUCUUCUACCCGGAACUGCUGAAGAUGACGCGAGGCAAAGCCAAAAGCAGUUCUGCGGGAGAAAAGAAAAAAGACUUUGCUGAUCCCUUCCACGAUGAAGAAAAGGAGAAGCACAAAGCGGAAGCCCUUACCAGGAAGUUUGAAGAGAAAUAUGGUGGAAAGAAGCGCAGGAAAGACCGUUUUCAGGAUUUGAUUGACAUGGGACAAGGAUAUGAUGAAUCAGAUUCUUUCAUUGAUAAUUCUGAAGCCUAUGAUGAGCUUGUUCCAGCAUCUCUAACAACCAAGUAUGGAGGCUUCUACAUCAACUCUGGAACUCUGCAGUUCCGACAGGCUUCCGAAUCUGAGGAUGACUAUAUCAAGGAGAAAAAGAAGAAAUCUCCUAAGAAGCGGAAAUUGAAAGAGGGAGGUGAGAAGGUGAAGAAAAAGAAGAAAGAUGACAACUAUGAGAAAGAGAAGAAAUCUAAAAAAUCAAAAUUUCCUAAAACUGGUUUCACAGCUCUGAACGCCAGCAAAGAGAAGAAGAAGAAGAAAUACUCAGGGGCCUUGAGCGUCAAGGAAAUGCUGAAGAAAUUUCAGAAGGAAAAGGAUGCCAAGAAGCUGAAGGACGAUGAACCCAAGCUUAGCAUUCCCUCGUUGGCCGAAACCCCAGCUCAGCGGGAAGUGGAGUCCAUGCCCGACCCUCUUCUCUCUCUUUUCGGCCACACGAGUGACAACGAACUGCUUCAGGCAGCCACCGCCAUGGACUCCCUGACUGACCUGGACCUGGAACAGCUUCUGAGUGAAUCUCCGGAGGAAAGCCCUUUCCUGGAGAUGGAAAACGGGAGCGAUCCCCUGGGAGCAGGCCUGGAACCCGACCUCAAGCAGGUCCCUCCCUCCCUUCCUGAGGGGCUUCCAGAACCACUGAUGAAGCGUGUUGAAGAACUUACUCAGGCUGCCAGAGCUGCGGAGAGAGAAGGCAAACACAAGUUCUUCAACCAAGACAUGAAUAACAUCUUACUGGAUAUAGAGCUGCAAACCCGGGAGCUGAACAGCCAAAUGCGAUCGGGGGUCUACGCGCACCUGGCCUCCUUCUUGCCUUGCAACAAAGACACGCUGGUCAAGCGGGCCCGGCGACUUUACGUGUAUGAACAGGGGGGUCGGUUGAAGGAGCCCCUUCAGAAGCUGAAAGAGGCCAUUGGCAGAGCAAUGCCCGAGCAGAUGGCCAAGUACCAGGAAGAAUGCCAAGCACACACCCAGGCCAAGUUUGCCAAGAUGCUGGAAGAGGAGAAGGAUAAGGAACAAAGAGACCGGGUUUGUUCAGAGGAUGACGAUGAGGAUGAUAAAGGAGGGAAGAGGAUCAUGGGACCUCGGAAGAAGUUUCAGUGGAAUGAUGAAAUCAGGGAUUUGCUCUGCCAAGGUGUGAAGAUGAAACUGGAUGGGUAUGAUGCGGAGAAGAACAAAGCUCAGUCCAUGGAAGACUACGUAAAAACAUUCCUAGAUGCCGAAAUCAAACCUCUGUGGCCAAAGGGAUGGAUGCAGGCCAGGACAUUGUUCAAAGAGAGCAGAAAAGUGCACAGUCAUCUCACUUCAAUCCCAACAAAGAAAAAAGUAAUGGCCCCUCCAAAGGUGAAGGGAAAGGAGCCUUCUGGCAAACCCGAGAAGAAGAUUCCCCUUCCGGUCCCGUUGAUCCACUCCAGCGGUGCAGUUCUUCCUCCAGACUCCCAGGGAGUUGUUGUCGGCCUCAGCCCUCAAACCAGGGAACUGUUGGCUAUGAGUUCAAAUCCGAUCACCAGCACCAUGGCUCCUCCUCCUCCUCUUCCUCCCCCUCCUCCUCUCAGCUUGGACGAUUCCCUCGAUGAGGACUUGAUCCAUCACACGACUUCAUCAUUGGAAGCUGUCUCCAAGGAACUGGCUGCGCUCAACAGCCGGACGGGAGGCAGCAGUCCUGACUUCACGCUCUCUCCAGCUCUGAAGACGCCCGUGGAGAAGCCCUCGACCCAGACCAGCUUGGAAGAGAAGAGGAUCUUCCCCAAAGCGGCUCCCACCCCUGUUCAUACCGCUGCAGGAGGCUCCGUGCAGUCUCCACUCAACUUCUUGGCCGAACAGGCAUUGGCACUAGGCCAGUCUCCUCAAGAGAAAAAAAUUGAGGCCCCCACAUACAAAGAACUCCCUUGCCAGAGUCCUCCUACCAAGCAUCUGGAUGCCCACCAGGCCAAGCCGAAACACCACAGCCUGCCCCGGGCGCUGCAGCAGGGCCCUCAGACGUCAACCCCGGUGCAGGCUCCCCAAGUCAAAGUGUUCCCUCUGGUUGCUCAGCAGCAGAAAAGCUUCCCUCCUUCCCCACCUUUUGUCAAGCUCCAGAACCCCAAGAUCGUCUCCCCACUGGCUCAGCGCCCUCUCCUCCAGCAACAAGUCAAGACCCCCGCCAAGGUCCCCACCUUCCAUUCUUCCUCCUCUCCUUCCUCCUCCUCCUCCUCCUCCUCUUCCUCCACCAUCUCUCCCAAGACCCCCAAUUCUUCGGUCUCUCUGAGUUACGUCGGGAAGCACCCCAGCAGCCCUAGCUCCUCAGGGCAACCUUUCAAAUCGCCCUUUGUGGCCCUGUCCAGGCACGUGGCUUCUGCCGGGAAUGUAUCGUCCGGCAUUUCCUCGACUCAGAGCUCCCCGUCGAGCAGCAUCCUGCCAGGUGCCUCUGUCCCUUCCGCUGGGCAGGCUCCCAGUCGCUCCUCGCCCAGUUCCAUGAUGAAGAAGACCCUCGUCCCUCAAAAGCUGACUUUGGUGGCUCCGCCGGGAGGUCCCAACGUCAGCUCCAGUGGAGGAACGCAAGGAGUGGCCAAGUUGCUGACAUCUUCCCUGAAACCUGCCGUGGUUAGCAGCUCCGCAUCCUCUACCUCUGGGCCGAAAGGAACGGGUGGAGCAGUCCUGCUGACCAGUUCGUCUUCCUUGAACGUCCUGUCUCCUUCCUACAAGUCCAACAGCCCAAAGCUGCCCACUGCACUGAGCUCUACUCCUCUGGGGAUUAUAUCGCCGAUCCAUUCCUUCCCUCUUCACGUGAUUUCCUACAGCUCGGACUCUUCAUCCAAGGCUGGGGUGUCGAAGGAUGUGGUAGUUACAGGACCGGCCCCGGGAACAUUCCAUCACAGCGUUGGCCAUAGGAGACAGUCCAGGCUGCCCCUGCUAGCUCAUUCCUUGAGAACCGCACUUUCAAGUGAUGACUUGACCUAUGGGAAGGGAAUCGUUGCUGGGAUUUUGCCCCAUCCAAUGCCCUGCGCCCCUUCAGGUCUUCUGGCUGGGUUGUCUACCAGCCUCCAUCAGGCAGCGCCGCCUGCCCAUAUACCCCACAGUUUGCCAGAUAGUUCUCAGCUACACAGCAAAGGGCCCAAUGUCCAACCGCGGAAAUUGUGACAGUUCUGGAAAAAGAAAAAAGAAAGAACACAACCAGCUCUGGGGGGGGAAAAAAGCCUGCAGAAUACAGCAAGGGAGCCUCUCCCAUUACUUCCUUGCUCUUCCUUCUUCGGUGGAAUCGAUCUGUAGGUCCCCCGCCACCACUUCCCCUUAUCCCAGUUUGGACUAGAUUCUUCCCUGGGGGUGAAGGGGGGAGGAUCGGGGAGUGGGGGGGGGGCUGUCUGAGCCGUAUGCUGAGGAAGGAAGCAUUUCGGCAGGCCCAACUCCUCACUUCAAGUUCCUCCAGGGUCCAGAUCAGGUGGGGAGGAGGUGAGAUCCUUUUAACAGAUCUCCAGAAGUCAGGUCCCAUGUGUUCCUGCCAGGUGCCUCUUAAUUCUGCAGCGGGAGUCUUGUAAAGGCCCUCGCUUCUGCUUGCGGAUGGACUGGCUCAUCGAAGCUCGCCAGCCCCCCCUCCCCUCCCCCAGUGAAUCCGUGGGGAGUGGGGGGGGGCGUUUCUCCUCCCCGAAGGCACCUUUCCGAAAACUUUGCUUGAUCCUUUGCCUGGAAGAUCUUUCGUCCUCCGUGGCAGCUCACUGGUCCUCUCAGAAGGAAAGCGAAGACUUGAGAGGCCUUAAGAUGCACUUGUGGACCUCGAAACGCCGGUUGGGGUCUUUUUGGCCCGUUCUCUUUUCCCUGCCUCUUCCCUUUUCCUCAAUACGCCCAGUUCUCGCCCUACUCUCCACUGAAGACAUCGGAUGGAGCUAAGCCCAGCCCCCUUUUUCUCUCCCUCCCCCCCUCCCAUGGGUCAAUGUGUAUAACGAAGCUGUCAUUUCAGUGCCUUUUGAUGGUGGAGCCAGAAUGCAAGCUAUCCCAAGCUCUCUCUCUUUUCUUUUUUGGGGUGGGAGCUCGCCAAGAGCUUUUUAACGUUCUCCUUUUUUUAAAGCAUCUGUUUUAAAGUUAUUUAAACUUUAAAUAACUCUGUUAUUUAAAGACGCACCGGGAUUUUAUUUAAGGGAACUUUGGGGGGGAGGGGAUAUAGGGUGGGGGGGGUGGCCCAUCGUCAUCCCCAUUUUAACCGCGCUCACCGGUGGAUGCCACGCUGAUAGCGUGGGGUGGGCAUUUCUUGGAAAGCUGUCAGUUCUCUGCCCAGAGUUCUCUUUAAGCAUUUUGCAAACCGAGCCAAGGCAGGAGCUUCCUGCUGUUUGCUGUGAGAUUGGGCACAUUUUAUGCAGCCAGUGACCUGAUGUGGGGGCGCAUUUGCUCACAUGGAGUUGCCUCUUUGUGCCUGGAACAGCUAGAAGAGCUUCCCCUUAUGCUCUGAAUGGGAGGGAGAUGCCGAGAUUCCAUUUUACUUCAGGACUUAA